AACUCCAUACUUCUGAUCAUUUCACACACUUUCGAUUAUGGCCGGUUUUGAAGGCUUCGAAAAGCGAUUAGAACUCCAUUUCUCUGGUGACGACCCGAUUUUCUUCAACAUGGGGCUCCGCCAGCUUAGCUUUGAUUCCUUACAACAAGUCCUACAUGAAGUCCAAUGCACCGUCGUCUCCGCCGUUGCUAACCAUUACUUUGACGCUUACGUUUUGUCGGAAUCAAGCCUUUUCGUUUACCCAACUAAAAUCAUCAUCAAAACCUGUGGGACUACUCAACUACUCAAAUCCAUCCCUCCAUUAAUCCACCACGCCCUUAAUCUCCACCUUACACUUGUCUCUUGUCGUUACACUCGCGGUAACUUCAUCUUCCCUCUCUCACAGCCUUCCCCUCACACUUCCUUUCAUGAAGAAGUCGUUUACUUAGAAAAUUCCCUCCCUAACCACCUCUGUUUCCGUAAGGCCUCCGUUAUGCCUUCCAAUCUUUUGCCUUCACAUGCAUGGCACGUCUUCUCUGCUUGUGAUGAAACUCAUUUGGUUCAUUUUGAUUCCGGGUUUUACACGGUUGAGGUUUGUAUGACGGACCUUGAUCGGAGUUUGGCUAAGAAGUUUUUCCGACGUCCUGGUGAUGGGAAAUCCGCCGAUGCUGCUGGUAAAGAGAUGACCGAGAUUUCUGGUAUUAAUAAGAUUAAUCCCAAUGCUCUUGUUUGUGAUUUUGCUUUUGAUCCUUGUGGUUAUUCCAUGAAUGGAAUCGACGGUGAUCGGUAUUCCACUAUUCAUGUUACUCCGGAGGAUGGGUAUAGUUAUGCCAGUUUUGAGUGUGUUGGUUCCAUUUACGACGGUGAUGAUUUUGUUCGGACGUUGAAGAGAGCCGUCCAGGUAUUUCGACCGGGGAAAGUGUCGGUAUCGACCACAACGGCCACACCGCAUCGGGUUUGGGCGAGGGUGGCCGGAGCUCUGGAGCCUCUUGGGUUGAAAUGUCGGAGUUGUACGGUGGAUGAAUUUCCAGCGGUGGGGAACGUUGUGUUUCAGACAUUCACGACCCGCCGGAAAAAAACAGGGGAAUGCGGCGGCGGACGGUAGAUAUUAAGAAAGAAAAUCUCUAGUCAGGGAAGUUAGAAAAUAUGAUGAUAGGCCACGUGGCAAAAGCGAAAAUUAUGAUGAUGAUGUGGAGGAAUUCAAUAGGUUGAUGAGAGUGAUGAAAUGUGGGGUUGACUUGUUUUUUUUUUUUCUUUUCAAUUUCUUUUUUCUUCUUUCUCUUUUUCAAUUAAAAAAAGGACAAAAAAAAAUCUAAAAAUGAGGAGAGAGAUAUAGGGAUGGUGACGUGGAAGUACCAAGAAGCUUGGGGGAUUUGGAAAUAAGAAGGAAAAAAAAAAAAAAAAAAACAGAAAAACAGAAAGAUCAUAAAUAUAAUGAUAAUGCACCCCACUUAGGCUUGUCACGCCUAAGGAUUUUUUGAAGCAUUUUGUGUAGUAGUGGAGAAAAAACGAAAAAAUAUAUAUUGAAAUUCAAAGUGCAAGCAAGUACUCUUCUACUUCAUCAACCCUUAUAUCAACUAAUUUUUUUUUUCUCCUCUCUUCCCUUUCCAUUAUGUAAUUUUCCCUAUUUUAAUUUCUAGCAUGUUUAUUCAACAGAGGUUACAAUUAAUAAAACUUUGUUCUCUCAUAUUUUCUAGUAA